AAUACAGCACUGCACUGUAAUUAAGAAAUAAACAAUAUAGUAUGAUUUUGGCAGGACUUUACAGCUUUGUUUACAUCUCUAGCAUAUCUAAGCUGAAGGUAAAUGUCCAGGGGGUGGAGCUGGUGUGUGGUAUAAAGAGGGGGAUGAAGCGCAUGCCAUCUGCCCUCACAAUACCCCCACCGUACACCCUCCCUCUCCUCCAGUCAGCCAGCCCUUUCUCCAGCAGCACACCAAACUCAUCUCUAAUUCCACAGUGCUGCUCUCACUGUCAGACACCCUCAUCUUGAACACAGUGUCAGAGCUGAUUCAUUACGUGGCGCACCAGGUAGCAACUGCCAAAGGCGUCUAAUCCUCUGGUGUGGAAAGGAUCAGGGAGAAGGUGGCGUUUACUCUCAGCGAGAGGACAGGACACGUCGGACAGGUACCUGACUCUGGGAUUGUAAUCUCCAUCUGUAAUGAGGCGUAGGGUGCACAUCACAUAUCUGAACAUUCAACUCUGAAAAGCGCUGGCGUUCUGAUUUGGACGUGUUUGAAGAGAGAAUGACGGGAUUUUGGCUUCUGUAGGAACUUGCAGUCAGCUUUUCCUGACUUUUAUGAAUCAUUACAGAGGAAUCCGUUGGAUAAACAUCUGUUUGAAGCUGUUUUCCAAGUGAUUACUUCUUUCGGAGUUGUGUAUAUAAAGGAUGUAAGACAAGGACCUGCACAGUAAACAUUUAAAGAACUGCACAUGAACAGCUGCUUUUGUAAACGAGUGCUUCCAGAUUCUUCAAAUCUAUAUAUGUAUGUAUUUUUAUGAGUAAUAGUUUGCAGGUGUUUUGAGUGACAGAUGGUUGGCAUGUCCAUUAAUUACUCGUUUUUGUGUGAAAGUGUAAUGCUGGCUGGGAGAACAGCUAAUGGGUUUCUAUUCGCAGCGCUCAUUAUUUAAGGCUGGUUGCUCAUCACAGUACAGACUGAGAGGACAGUAUUCUGUCUUUUCUAUUUUUCCGCAAUUUACGCAAGUAAAACAUGACAGCACAUUACUGAAAAGUGAUUUUCGCAAGACUUUGCUUACACCUUGACCAAAAAAGCUCACCAGUUGCACUCGCUGGUUACUUUUCACAGUGGAGAUUGUGAGGACAUUUUCUUUCUUUUUUCCCCAUUUUGGCAUAAAGUCUCCAAAGUUUAAUAGCAUGCAAAUGUCUUAAAGCAAAAUGAGGAUAUUUGGAUAAUUUUUAUACCCUUGGCAUCCCUGGAUUUCUGAAGGAUCCUGUAACUGAGGAAUGCAGUGUGUAUCCUGGACGAGCCUCUAAUCUUUCAUAAACACUGCGCGGGAUUCGUCCCUAUAAAGCAAGAAACUACAGCACUUUUUUACUCCUCUGAAGAGAAAGGGUUGGAAUAUUGAUCAAUGCCCUUUUUACCCAGAGGUCAGCUGAACAGACGCGCUGUGGAGUCUGGAUAAGCCGGGUAGACGGGGCCCAAUGCUUCUCAUUCUAAGAUGAAGUUAUGGAAGUUUGCUGCCAUCGGCCUGAUUCUCUGUGGUGCUGCGCUUCUCCUGCUCAUCUUUAAAACCACUCCCUCUUCCCGAGCCCCGCCCCCUCCUCCCCACCGCAGAGCUUCAUCCUCAUCACUUUCACCUCCAUCAUCUUCAUUUACACCCAGCAAUUCGUCAUCUACUGUUGCGGUAGGUCGGCGGCAACGGAGGAUUCGAUCAGCUGACGGAGGAAACUCUCUCGUAUCAGAAUUCAUGAAGAUCUUCCAGGUCUUCACAGAGGGUGAGUUGAAGCAGGUCAUCAGGACACUGGUGGAAAGGAAAGCUCGCAGAGAUGCCCAGCAGAGCAAAAGGACUAAACGGGCUAAAAAGCAAGCCAAACCCUGCUCGCUGCGGGAGGUGGAGGUGACAGUCAGUCAGCUGGGGUUGGGCUACGUCAGUGACGAGACUAUAGUCUUCCAUUACUGCAGCGGAAAGUGCACUACUAGUCGCAAGAACUAUGACCUGACGCUGGCAUUCAUGAAGCGCUCACGGCUGCUAACAAAGGAGCAGAAGGACAAGGCUCGCCACAGCCCCUGCUGUCGGCCCACCGCAUACGAGGAGGACAUCUCCUUCCUCGAUAACUUCAAUAAAUACCACACAAUUCAAGAGUUUUCAGCCAAAGCAUGCAGAUGCGUCUGACAUCGAGGGUCAUACACAGCAUGUUUUAAUCUCUGAAAACUACAGACCCUUGAUUCCGAGAAGAAAAUCUUCUGGGCUUAAAGCACUGAGGCAAGAGCGAAUGUCUUGCAUUGCCUUCAUGAAAAAUACUGGGCUGACAGAUUCUCCUCAGACACUUCUGCCAGUCCUGAUGAAGAGAAAUGGAAAUUAUAUUAAGCAAAUAAUAAUUAUCCUCAUGUUUAUUCGUUGCUAAUGAGAUGCUGCUGUAUAUCUUGUUUCUAUUGCCUUCGUGGGUCUACUUCAAAUAGCUUGAAAUGUUUGACAGAUGUUGAGCUCAAUGUUUCAAUGGAGAAAAUCUCCAGAAAAUUCAUUCAGGGCUUCAGUUAACAAAGCAAGUACACAAAGGCACACCCAGUGCUGAACAAAACUUCCUCAUUGUGUAACCGACCUGUAAAUGAUCCCUGCAGCUCUGAAAGGUUUCAACUCUGACAAUUCAAAGUCAAAACAUUCCCACAAAUCAAGUUCAAAUAAACAUACAAGUUAAACUGAACAUCUACCUCAGCUUUGAUAUAGUCAACAUUGCUCUGUAAAAGAAAACCCAGCAUUUGAAAUUUUUAAACAUUAUAAUAAUUAUACAAAAAUGAUGUAUAAAGAAUAAAAGAGAACCUAAUAAUCUGCUAAAGGCUGGAUUACACAUGCCUUUUAAAUUCUGAACAGAUAUUCAAAUGCUAAGUAUCAUACAAAUGCCGAUUUUGUAAAUGGUAAAAGUUGGAAUUGAAGGUAACCUCUCAGCAGCAGUCGGUGUCAGGAAAUCCGUGCCUGAGGUCUUCCCUUAGUUAACCUGACCAAAUCCACUUCGUUUGUGUAAAUCCUAUCACAGAAGAGUCUAAUCCACUUAGCUCCUGUCAGGCCUUGGCAAAAAAUACAGAGAACUAAAGUGGGAAGAACCUACCUGCAAAAGUGUCCUGAUUUUAGCUUUUAAACUCCACCAGAAUAAUCUCCUGUGAUCAGGUGUUAAACAAGCACAGAAACUAGUUAAACUAACCACUCGUUUCGACUUUCUGUAGUCAAUCAUGUCUGCGUUGACAUAAAAAUAAUACUUUAUAAUAACAUUAUAUAAUGCUAUACUUAGUGGAUUACAGCUGCAAUAAGACACGUACACAUGAUGUCAACAGAUUGCAAAUGCGAUAAUUGCAUGCAACAGUCAUCAGAACAAUAUUUUUUACGACUAAGAAGAGAAUUUAGUAUAUAACUGAAGUACGAUGAAUCGAAAUGAGAGUUGAAAUCAAUGUCUUGUACUCAGGAAGCAGUUGAGUGACCCUUUAAGCCACAUGUAAGUCUGAUCAGUUCAUUAGAGCACUGAUGUAAUUACAGGACAAGACUUAAGCCCUAAUAAACGCCCGGCCUUAAAACCUAACAAACCAUGUGCUUACAAAAGUGUAAAGACUGUGUGCUACUGUAACAAACAUUAAUACAAACUUAUUUUGUACAUUAGUUUGUUUUCACAUAUGGACAAAAAUAUAUAUAAAACCAAAUUGAAGAUUUAUGCAAUACACUAAUGUAGUAAUGUGCAUGUUUAUGGUUGUACGAAUCUUUUAGCAUGCUGAACUAGAACAAUUGUUAUGAAAUAGUAUCUACUUCACCUCAGAAUUGCACAUUCAUAAGCAAAUACCAUAUGCAAAACUGUCUAAGCUAUAUGUUGGGAUGGGAUGUGAGGGAUGGUUCGGCUAAAAAUGAAAUUUCAGUCAUGAUUUACUCACCCUAAAUGUCCUUCCUUUCUUCUGUGGAACAUAAAAGAAGAUAUUCUGAAGAAUGUUUUGGUGGUUUUGGAAAAGACAUUUCUCGAAUAUCUUCUUUAAUGAUGAUGAGUGAACUCUUUAUAGUGAAAAAAAUAAUACACCUAAAAAUUUUAACAUUUAAACUGACUGAUCUUAUUCAAGUCCAAGAAAUGUAUUCAUUUGACUGACUCAACUUGAUUACAUUAUUACAAACAAAAAUAUAACCGUCUGGUCUGAUCAAAACAGCUUGCUAAUGUAUUUAUUGCACAGUUUCACUUUUUUAAGUGGACAAAAUAAUUCCACAUGAUAUCAAAAAUCAAGCAGAGUAAUAACAAAACAUGCACUCCUGUCUGAUCGAAAUAGUGUUGUAUAUUCCAUUGAAGUCUAAAUCUGUCAGUCACGGUUAAUCGUGUUUGUUCGUUUACUUUCUUUGGAGUAACUGCAGUGUCUGAGUUCAUCUACCCGUCCAUAUGGCCUCAGUCUCUUUCCACCUGCUGCAGUGGGACGUCCUGUUAACCCAGUGCACACACACACACACACACACACACACACAGAGCCUUUCAGUUUAAGCACUGUUGGACACUGUUAACCAACUGCAAUAAACAUUGAUGCAAUGCAUCUAUAUAACAAAUUAUGUAUAUUUAUUGAAGAGUAAGUUAUGGUUUGUUUAUUUAUUUAGAUGUAGAAUCACUGACUUAACGAGAACAUAUUUAUUAAUUUUUUUGGGUGCCAAAAAAGAUCUCAUAUGUAUUGUAUUCGAUAUAUAACGUUUAAUAAACUGUAUCAGCUUUAAAAUCCCCCCAACCCUGUGUGAUUUUUACUGUCACCGUUUCACUUUUUAAGUUGCAUAAGCACAUAUUAAAUCCAGAUUA